GUCAAAACGGAACGUGAUUCAUCUACUUUGGCAUCUACUUUGGUCUGGAAAUGAAGUCACAACAACACAGGAACCAUCUCCCUUUUCGGCGGCUUUUCUUGAUCUUCAUCGCCACUUCAUGGACUGCGGCAUCUGCGUUCUCUUUCCCUGCUUCUCGCCCGCAGAGAGGCAGCUGGAGGCAGCUGACGAUGCACAGCAACGUUCCGCCAUCGGCAGAGGUGAUGCCUCGAAGGCACUUGUUUGAUCUGAAGACCGCUGCGGCACUGUCGGCAGUGGGCGGCGCGUUGCUGGGCGGGUCAUCUGGUGCUGAUGCAGCGAGGCGUGAGGGCGUCAACAAGCCCGAGCUGCUGCCCACUGGUGACAAGGUGAACGUCAUCGACCUUGCAGGGGUACCCCAAGCGGAAAGGCAGCCGUGACUGUCUGACUGUCCGGCUGGCUGCGAACUGACCGACACACGCGCAUUCUCUCUCUGUGUUUUGUUGAUGUGUGUGCAGUUUCUGACGUCUGGUGAGGAGAGGCGGCUGGAGCGUCUGACGAAGGAGAUGGAGAGUGCCACGGGCAUAAAGCUGCGGAUCUUGUGUCAGGACUACCCACAGACGCCCGGCCUGGCCAUCAAGGACUACUGGGGCGUGGACGAUAAGACCAUCGUACGACAAAACCAUCGUGCUCCAUGAUGAAUUCGCCUGUCUUGAACAUGUCCCACCUGUGUUGAUGACCCCCACAGGUGAUGGUUGUCGACAAAUCGUUCUCUGGUCGGUCACGCGGACACACACAUAUGGGUGGAUGGGUGGACGAAUGCAUGGAUUGGUGAGGGUCCUGCUGAGAUGUUUGAUGUGUGUGAGCCUGAUUCCAGGGAAUCUGCUGAAUUUCAAUGUGGGUGGCGACCCUGAUCUGCAGCUGAAGCUGCCGUACCGAUUCUGGCAGAGGAUACAAAACAAAUACGGAAACAAGUAGACCGACAUACAGAGAGAACACAGGGGGGCAUAAUGCACCGACCCAAACACACACACACACAAUAUUGGCCGUCUACGUGAGUGUAGGUACAACGUGGAGCAGAUGGGUGGCGAGGACCGGGUGAUCCUCAAGACGGCCACGGCCAUCAACUACUGCCUGAGGUCUAAGGACUACUGCGUUGACAUUCCUUCAGACUCGGAGCUGCCAAAGCUGUGAUGGAGGUGGGACAGCGACGUGUACUGACUGUAAGUGAGCCUACUCACAGCCUCUGCCUGUCUCUCGACCGCCAUAGUCUCAGCUUGAGAGCACCGAUCGAGCAUUAACAGAGAGACAUGUCAGCACGGUUUUUCGGUAGCGGCAUGGCAACUGUGGCAGGCCGUACUUGUGAGUGCAUGUGACCAGUCUUAUUGACGGAGACCGACAGACGUAUCCAUGUCAGUCAAUACAUGAGCGUGUAGACACACCUACCUACUCAGACAGACACUGAAUCAUGUACGCC